AGCAUCACAUUUCAUAUUUCCGGUUCUGGUCCACACGGGGUAGUACGUGGCUUCAAAUUGCAGGCAAAUACUUUAGCCUCGCCGAAGCCAAAAUGCCUCAGCAAAGUGAAUUGAUGGAUAAGGCUGAAGAUGUUGUAGACCAGGUCCUGAGGAAAAGCAAACAUUUUCUUCCUCAUGUGGCGAGAUUCUGUCUGAUAGGAACAUUUUUGGAGGAUGGAAUUCGAAUGUGGUCCCAAUGGAGUGAACAGAGAGACUACAUGAAUUCAACAUGGGGCUGUGGGUGGUACCUGGCCACACUUUUUGUAUUAGUUAAUCUUAUAGGCCAGUUAGGAGGGUGUGUCAUGGUACUUAGCCGACAGAAAGUUCCCAUUGCCUGUGGCAUACUCUUCUCAAUUAUAGCUUUACAGACUGUAGCCUAUAGCAUCCUUUGGGAUAUAAAGUUUCUUCUUAGAAAUUUGGCCUUGGCUGGUGGAGUACUUCUUUUACUAGCAGAAGAUCGUGCAGAAGGCAAAAGUCUUUUUGCUGGCCUUCCGUCACUGGGAGAGAAUAACCCAAAACAGUACAUGCAGCUUAGUGGACGCAUUCUCCUUGUGCUUAUGUUCUUAACCCUAUUACGUUUAGAUUUCGACUUCUUUCAAAUAAUACAGAACUUGGUUGGUACAGCAUUAAUUCUUCUUAUCGCUAUUGGCUACAAAACAAAGUUGUCUGCCCUUGUUUUGGUUGUAUGGUUGACAUUGCUGAACAUGUAUUUCAAUGCUUGGUGGAAUGUCCCUUCCUACAAACCGAUGAGAGACUUCCUGAAAUACGAUUUUUUCCAGACACUCUCUGUCAUUGGAGGUUUGCUGUUGGUGGUGGCAUAUGGUCCAGGAGGAGUCAGUAUGGAUGAGCACAAGAAGAAAUGGUGAUAAUAUUCUUACUGAUUACAUACCAACUGUCAAAUUAUGUUUCAUAGAAAUCAAUAAACAAAAAAUAGGUGUUUUUUAGAAUGGAAUUAAUUUUACAUUUCUAGUCUCAGGGUUGGACUAAAAAAAAUAGUGAAGAAAAGUUUAUGUAAUUUAAAUCUUUUUCUUAUAUAAAAGAAUUUUGAUGGACCUGCUGUAAUUCUUUUACUAUUUAAUCUCUUAAGACAACCUUGAAUUUCAUGAAUACCAGUAUUUACAAAUAUAUAUCUUAUUUUAUGAUACAUUGAGAAAAUAUAUCUUAAAAUUGACUAGUGAAUUUUGAUCAUGCACAGAAAUAAAUCAAAUUGCAUUUUUUCCUUCACUACAAAGUAAGCCUUAGAUUAAUUUUCUUAGAAACUUAAUAUCGUUAACAACAUAUUUUGUGGGUUAUUUCAUUGAUAAACAGUAAGUGUUAUUUUUUCUGGAUUGUAUGAAGGUUUAUGAAGACUUUGAGACAUUAUAGUGACAUUUUUAUCCAGAAACAGUGCAGCGGUGGAGAAGUGGUAUUGGAAAUAAUUUUGAUUUACAUGUAUAUGUUGGAAUGUGCCCUGCAAUACGAAUUUAAGAGAGAAUGUGCUGCAUUUCUUCCACCAAGCUGUAUUCAGCUUUCAUCUUCAAACUCAUCUCGGUUUUUGUUAUUGUAGAUUCUUUUUGUUAAAUGUAUUUUCUUUUUAAGAUUUGCAUACAUUAACCCGGUAUAAACCACUGUGAGUAGAUUUAUAUAUUAUCGCUAUCAUUCACAUAUAUUAGUCAAUACACAAACUAUUUGUUAUUUUUCAACUUUUACCCUAGAGUGUUUUGCAUCAGAAAUGUUUCUUUCAAAUCUGAAAUACUCUGUUUAAGGAAGGUUUUGUAGUGCUAGUAAGUGCAAUGAAAGUGUCUGAGCUUCACUGGAAUUCAAGUGUUCCACUAUCAAUAUACCAUUUUUCCACGCAAAACUGAUCUCUGAUUAAAGUGAAAGUAAAUUGUUUGACAGUAAAACGGUCAAAUUGGCAAACUUUGGUGUUGGUGUGGUGUCUUUAAAGAUAUAAGUCUUGCAAUCGGCUUUAUUUGUCUAACUAAUAAAAUGGCUACUCACAAACCUUCAAUUUUGCUAAGAUUUGUAUAUAAUUAUAGAGAAGGCUUGAAUUUUGAUGAUUGUGUAUGAGGAGUUGCCCUCCAGUCUCCAUAUACCUAGUUCGAUAGAUAACUACCAGUAUGAAAAACCUGAUAUAAGUCUGGUCCCCAAAGACUUCCCUAUUUUGCAGAAAACCUUACAUUUACAUAGCUAAUGUAGGGCAGAUAGCUAAAACUACAUUUACAUAGCUAAUGUAGGGCAGAUAGCUAAAACUACAUUUACAUAGCUAAUGUAGGGCAGAUAGCUAAAACUACAUUUACAUAGCUAAUGUAGGGCAGAUAGCUAAAACUACAUUUACAUAGCUAAUGUAGGGCAGAUAGCUAAAACUACAUUUACAUAGCUAAUGUAGGGCAGAUAGCUAAAACUACAUUUACAUAGCUAAUGUAGGGCAUAUAGCUAAAACUACAUUUACAUAGCUAAUGUAGGGCUGAUAGCUAAAACUACAUUUACAUAGCUAAUGUAGGGCUGAUAGAUAAAACACUUCAGUUUGUUAGAUUUGAUAUGUAUUGCUCUUUUUGUUGUAUAUCUUCUUGGGUUAAAAUUAAUGCAGAUUCCUUUGAACUAAAAAAUACUUGUAUAUACCUAAUUCUGUUGAUGUUUUUUUUGGGCAUAUUGUCCGCUUCAUGCAUCACGAUUUUAGUUUUUAUUGACGUUGAUUAAAUAUAGACAAAAUCACCAAUUUAAUUGAAAAUUGAAAAUAUCGAAUUGAUUUAAUAAACAAAUGAAGUCUGUUUUUUGUUUAAUGUAAAAGGAAUUAUGUUUAUGGAGCCUUGUUAAAAGACUUGGAUGUUCUUUCUUGCCAUGCAGUCUCUGAUUUUAACUCAUUUUUUCUGACUUCCAUGCAAUUAAUUAAAUUUACACCAUGAAUGACAGUAAAACUGUAAUACAUGUCCAGAAGAAAUAAUUAAGUGUUUUUGGCAUCAAUGUGUCAUUAUUUGUUCUUUGUAGGAAUCUUCUACAAAAAUAAUUGAAAUAAAAUGAUUGUACUAGAUAUGAUGAUGACAUUUUCAGAUUUUUAUUUCGUUUGGUGGAGAUAUGAAAUAUUGACCCGAUAUAUAGAGUUAGCUUUAAUUUAUCAGAUAAAUAAGGUGCAUUUGAGUUGAUAUUUAAAUCUUUAUAUUUUAGGUAGGUGUACUAUUUAUCUGCUUAUCACUGACUCCUAGGCCAUGUUUUAUAAAUAUAAAAAAGUUCAUGACAGAUCCAGCAGCCAAAGUGUGAUGUACAUUAGUAAUUUGGUUAUUCUAGACAAUAGAUUUGGCAUAGGGUUCACCCUGACCAGCAUAGCCAUCGACUUUGUGAGAUCCCUCUUGUAUAAUUAACCAGAAAGGUUGUACCCAGACGUUAACUGGUUAAUCAGUAAAACUUAUAUGUAAUUUGGGAUAGAACAAACUUUGCUGGAAUACAACGGGAAUAAUUUUCAUCUUAAUGUUCUGUUAAAGUUUUAAAUUCCUCUUCAGAUAAUUUUCAUUUGUAGAUGGGAUACUGCUGAAUUUCAUAAAUAAAACAAUAUAUAUCCACUAUUACUGCAUUUCAUUUAGAGUUUUGCCACUUUGUUAAAAGUUAGAUAUAUAUUGAUGAAUGUGUUCAGCUUAAUCACAAUCAGUUAGCAGGGUGAGCCUUAUCCAACCUUGUCUACAUGUGUAGUUGUAUGUGCAAGUCGUUUGUAUUAUUGAUGAAAGUGACAUGAUCAUUCAUUUUAUUGAACUGUGUUGUCAUGUAUUGUUGUCAUUUAGCCUGUAUAAUUUGUUGUGCAUGAGAGAAAUAAAAACUAUGAAUUCAGCAAGAAA